UCCGCUGCGAGUGAGAAUGCAACGGCAAUGCUCCAUCGUCAUCGCCCGUAAUAGCAAAAAAAUAAGCAGAUACGUACGCGAAAUGCGAGGUUAGUGAAAAAGCCAAUUAGAAACUAGAAAUACACCGCGUUUCCGCAGGAGCAUCUAUAAAAGGGAGAGAGACGGAGAGAGAGAGAGAUAGAAAGAAACACACACGGAGAGAAAUGUGGCGGUGUUCGGUCGUUGCUACGCGUAAACGGGAAUAACGGAAAAAUGAAUACCGUUCAGCCGUGAAUUACUACUCGACGCCGCUGAUUGCCAUGUAAAAGGAUUGCGAUACGCGGGUCGAUCGGUGGGCCGACCUAACCUACGAAGCGCGCGAAUCUUGGACCGGGUAAGAGAGCUACCGGAACGACAGCGAGAGCAGCGAGAAAAACAGAAGUGAUCAAGAUGUGAUCUCUCGCUUACGACUUUGAAAAGUCUCGGACUCUCACGAGGAUCUAGGCGAAGGGUAGCAGAGAGAGAGGCAGAACGAUGGAGAACCACUCGGUGCGCAUAAAUUACCCUCAAACUGCUCGCGCAAAUCCGGAAGAGACGCCGGCGUUGCACGACGGUCAGUCCAAGCUGUACACGGAUCAUGCUAGGAAGAAGGAGGACGUGAUUGUCCUGACGAAUGACACGAAGGGCGGCCUGUUCAACCCCAGAGCCCUCCUCUUUCUCACCCUCUGGUACGUCUUCAGUGGAUGUACGCUGUUCCUGAAUAAGUAUAUUUUGUCGUACAUGGAGGGCGAUCCCACCAUCCUAGGUGCUUGCCAGAUGUUGAUGACCGCGAUUUGCGGACUGAUACAGAUGUACUUCCCUUGUGGCAUGUACAAGGCGAGUCCAAGGCUGAUGAGGCCUCCAGGAUUUUACAGACAUAUGACACUGGUGGGGUGUACGAGGUUUGCGACGGUAGUCUUAGGUCUAGUAUCGUUAAAUUAUGUAGCUGUGAGUUUUACAGAAACGAUAAAGAGCAGCGCGCCACUUUUUACCGUCCUUAUCAGCAGGUAUUUAUUAGGGGAACAUACGGGAUUAUACGUAAAUCUAUCUUUAAUACCCGUGAUGGGUGGACUAGCAUUGUGUUCCGUCAAUGAAAUUAGUUUCGAUCUCAGAGGAUUCAUCGCCGCCAUGGCCACAAAUUUGACCGAGUGUUUGCAGAACGUUUACUCGAAGAUGUUGAUCAGUGGCGAUAAUUUCAAAUACACACCAGCGGAACUGCAGUUCUACACCAGUCUGGCGUCAAUCGUGGUACAAAUACCGGUAUCGAUACUGUUGGUCGAUCUACCGACACUGGAGCAUUCCCUGAGCUUUAAAUUAUUCGCGGCAUUCCUUCUCAACGGAGUGUUCUUUCACUUUCAAAGUAUCACCGCCUAUGUACUUAUGGACUACAUCAGUCCAGUGACACACAGUGUCGCUAACACCGCAAAAAGAGCGUUCUUGAUAUGGCUCUCGGUUUUGUUGUUCAAUAACCCGGUGACGGGAUUAUCGGCGCUCGGCACUUUCUCGGUGAUCGCGGGAGUGUUGCUGUACAAUCGGGCACAAGAAUAUGACAGAAUGAACAGAACAAAGUUGCGAUAUUCGUCGAAGAUCAAUCUGCAGUAAGGUAAUUACUUCAAUGAAGAUUUAUUACGUGAGGAGAGAAACGUCAACGUGUCGUUGCACUAAACGUGUCGCGUAUUGCAUUGGUAGUACAAACGACAUCCGGUUUUUAUACAGCAGUAUUUCAUUCCGCAGAACGCAGAAAAGUAUUAAUAGUCUCGGGUGUGUGUUAAGACAGCGCAAUCAACGGGGAUCGCUAUAUUCACCGAAUUUAUCAAUCGUCAAUCGAUUCAAAGUGAUUUUCAAAGAAUAUUUAGUUUCCUCUCACUCGCAGUCUGCAACACACCAGACUGUACUUUGAACUGAAAUACGAGUUUUUCUAUUCCUGUUUGAAAGAUUUCCACUCGCGUAUCCGGAAAUACAUGAACAAGUUUCGGGAAACCGGAAAAAAGAGAUGAGUCAAGUGAUUGCAUGUGUCAAAGUGUAUCUGAUUAUUGCUGUAUUAUACAAUGUUCCUAUAAUGCAAAUCUCAAGACAUUAUCUGGAAUGUAAAAACUGUUUUAUAAAAAUAAAAUUUCUUCUACCUAUUG